CUCCAAACUAACAUGGCAGUCAGACUGUGUGAUGUGGCUUCUCUGCUUAGAAGUGGUUCGUGGGCAGCAGAGCCUUGGACUGGGCAGGUAAUUGCUGCCAUGGAAACACAACUGUCUAAUGGACCAACUUGCAAUAACACAUCCAAUGGUCCUACUACUAUAAACAACAACUGCUCAUCACCAGUUGAUUCUGGAAACACCGAGGACAGCAAAACCAAUUUAAUAGUCAACUAUCUUCCUCAGAACAUGACACAAGAAGAGCUGAAAAGUCUUUUUGGAAGCAUUGGGGAGAUAGAAUCCUGUAAACUUGUAAGAGACAAAAUAACAGGCCAGAGUUUGGGAUAUGGAUUUGUGAACUAUAUUGACCCCAAGGAUGCUGAAAAAGCGAUCAAUACUCUGAAUGGAUUGAGACUUCAAACCAAAACAAUAAAAGUUUCCUACGCACGACCAAGUUCAGCUUCCAUUAGAGAUGCUAAUUUGUAUGUCAGCGGUCUCCCAAAGACUAUGACCCAGAAAGAACUGGAGCAGCUAUUCUCCCAAUAUGGACGUAUUAUUACUUCCCGUAUUCUCGUUGACCAAGUCACCGGCGUUUCAAGGGGUGUAGGCUUCAUAAGAUUCGACAAGCGGAUUGAAGCAGAAGAAGCCAUCAAAGGUUUGAAUGGGCAGAAACCUCCAGGUGCCACAGAGCCAAUCACUGUAAAGUUUGCCAACAAUCCAAGCCAAAAAACCAACCAGGCCAUCCUUUCCCAGCUGUACCAGUCUCCAAACAGAAGGUAUCCGGGACCUCUCGCUCAGCAGGCUCAACGUUUUAGGUUGGACAAUCUGCUCAAUAUGGCUUAUGGAGUAAAGAGGUUUUCUCCAAUGACCAUUGAUGGAAUGACCAGUUUGGCUGGGAUCAAUAUCCCAGGACACGCAGGAACAGGAUGGUGCAUUUUUGUAUACAAUUUAGCACCUGAUGCGGACGAAAGCAUCCUGUGGCAAAUGUUUGGACCCUUCGGAGCUGUUACCAACGUCAAGGUCAUCCGUGACUUCAACACAAACAAGUGCAAAGGUUUUGGAUUUGUGACUAUGACAAACUAUGAUGAGGCAGCCAUGGCAAUAGCCAGCCUGAAUGGAUACCGCCUUGGAGACAGAGUUUUGCAGGUCUCGUUUAAAACAAACAAAACGCACAAAGCCUAA